AUGGGAGCCACCCUCAACAUCUUCUUAGCCAUUGUUCUUCUUUCCGUCGUCAAUGGAGGCUGCGGAGCGCCAUGCGGCGGCGUACGAGACAUCACCGUGAAUCUGGCGAGGACCGGCGGUGUCGUCGAGGGGCAGCCGGAGUAUGAGGUGACAGUAAGCAACAAUUGUGAGUGUGCUCAGUCUAAGGUGUUCGUGAAGUGCUAUGGCCUCAGCAGUGUCUUGCCGGUGGAUCCUCAGGCCAUCAAACCGGUGGAUGGCGAGCGUUGUAUCGUCGGAGGGGGCCGGCCGAUCGCCGGAGGGGGUCGCAUUAAGUUCAAGUAUGCAUGGAUGACACCCCAGGACUUCCCUGUGGUUAGCUCUCAGGUUCUCUGCUAA